CUUUUCACAUUCAAACUCAGUGUCCGCACAAACCACCGGCUUGUCACGACUGGACCAUAUGCAAUUGUACGCCAUCCAUCAUACAUGAGAGCUCAUCUGCAGUUCAUGGACCUGCUAUUCUUGCACGGAUCGCGGACUUCAUUCCUUAGGCGCUCAGGUGUUCUAAAUAUCCCUGAACUGAAAAUGUCCGUGGUGGUAUUGCUGGCGUAG